AAAAGAAAACGACUACAACGAAGCAGAAGAAGAAGAGGAAGUGGGCUUAGCGUUGGCGAUGUUUGAAUCUUAGACAAAGCUAAUAAUAUACACAGCUCUAAACAAAUAUAAUCGAGGGUAAUUGACAGAGGUUUGUCCACAGAGCUGGUGUUGUUUGCAGACUCAUUCUCGCUUCUUUGGGCUUUUGAACUGUGAAAAAACACCGACAUGGGAACACAACAUCUCUCCUACUCUUCACUUAUCAUUAACACUAGUUACUGGAAAAAGAACAGUCUGGAAAGACAUCAGUUGUUUUUGCGUUACUCGCUUUCAAACAGGAACAGGAAAUGAUUUACAUGGCUGAAUGGGGUAAAACAACAACAACAACAUAGAAAUGCUAAACUCCUCUACGAUUUACUGAUCAUAAACACACUUUACUCUGCACAUAAAUGAUAUAUAUAGUGAUCCACCCCCCCCCCAUCCCCCCCGCCCCAGCUUUUAAUUACUGUUUUGUUUUUUUUAUUAUUAUUGUUAUUAUUAUCUUUAAGCUGUAGGCAUUUGGUGUUCCUGUUGUUUUGGUACAUUAAAAUCAUGUUAAGCAAGUUAAAAUGUCCCCAACCCAGAUAUGUCAAGUGUCCUGUUUAUUUCUCUAUAUUGCGGAUUUGAUCACCUCACCCUUAAGAAUGGAAGUGAAAUGUUCCUCUAUGCACAUUCAUUUUGGUAUGUUCAUUUAUUUUUCCUCUUUUUUUGUGUGUGUCUUCCUCCGGAUCUGAGUCUGAGUCUAUGGAUGUGAUCCGGUGUUUGCGCUCUCUCCUGGACCUCCAUGUUCAGCUGCAAAGAGCUGUAGCCCUUCAAGGAGAAAUCCAGGCACAGUUUCUUGCUCAGCUUUUACAUCCAGACAACACGAGCCCUCAGCAGCUGUCUCUGCCACAGCUGGACUUGACCGGGGACGAUCUGGAGCUUUCCCUGUCUGUCUUCGAACGGGCUCUGGAUGACAGCAAAAUCCCGAAGAGGCAGUGGGGUUCAAGGCUGGCACAGCUCCUCUGUGUGAAGACCUCAGAUGAGGAUGAUCAUGAGCUGAGUUAUGAAGCUGUAAAGUCAGACAUGAGGAGGCAGGCAUGCUCCUUGGAGUAUCAGAGGUGGAGGGACUUUAACAUGGUCCAGUAUGAUCCACAUAGGGGGCUGCGGGAGCUAAAAGUCGGGGUGGAGGAAGCAGCAAAGAAGUGGCUCCAGCCUGAAAGGUGCAGCUCUGAGGAAGUGGUGAGAAAAGUGGCGCUGCAGAAAUUCCUCUCUCUUCUCCCACCAGAUGCAAUUGAGAAGACAAGCGAAGAGCAGCCGCAGAACAUGGAGGAGGCCGCUGACAUGGCAGCAUCCUUCCUGGUAGAUAACAGAGCUGAAUGGGAAAAAGACACGGAGAGACAACAUGAUGAUGCGCAUACUGACCAUGUCUACUCAAGGGAUUAUAUCAUCUCCAACGAGCUGAAGAAGCUGGACUCGGAACCAGUCUUCUCGUCUGAUAGCCACAGCCUGGAAGUUACUGUUGGAGAUGAGCAUUUUAAAGAGAAAGAGGUUUCUGAUGCUAUGCUUUCCCCAUCAAUGGCUGAUAUAAAGCCAGUCCUAAAUGCUGAAGACGCACCUUCCAUUAGACAUGAUUCUCAAGUUCUGCUUCAUGGAGCCUGCUAUAGUGGCGAAUCAAUCAAGUCUUCACCAAGGCGAGCUAAUAAGAAUGGGAGCCUAACCACAGGAGCAAAAUUAAAACGCAUACUUGAUUGUCCGGACUGCGGUAGCAAGUUCAAGAGGUUUGACUAUCUAAGAAAGCACAUAUGUACUCCUGGGCAAAGUCUGGGGUGCCAACACUGCGAUCUGCGCUUUCCCUCCCUUUCCCAAUUAACUAACCACUUACGCGUGCAUCGGAAAAUGUUACACUGUCCUGAGUGCAACAAGGCUUUCAGAGACCGCUUCAACCUCCGCUGCCACCAGCGCACACACACAGGUGAGCGCCCCCAUAUCUGCUCUGACUGCGGCUCUGCGUUCGCUCAGGAGCGAGGGCUACAGGAGCACCGCAACAUCCACACCGGCGAGAGACCCUUCCAGUGCCCAGUGUGCAGGAAAGGUUUCAGCCACAGCCGCACACUUGCCAAACAUGUGGUUGUCCACUCGGAGGCAAGGCCUUACAUGUGCUCUGACUGUGGCAGAGCUUUUAAGAUUAAAGACAACCUGCAUCAGCAUCAGAAGAAAAUGCACCCCAGCCAAUACUUGUGAACACACCCUAUAGCUAAAACACAGACUACUGAAUGAUCAUGCAAUUUACAAGCAGAAGUGGUUGCAAAUAUAUACAGUUUAUACUGCCAGUGACAUUUAAGACCUCUCUCUUCACAGAUACAGUGAGGGGAAAUAAGUGUUUGGACACUUUUGUAUACAAGUAUUCGCACACCACCAAUUAUUAACGCUAGUACUUUGUUGCAAAGCCGUUGUUAGCAAUUGCAGUUUUGAGACUUUUGCGAUAAAGUGGGUUUUUGCUGCAUUGUGGUUUAGUUUUGGCCCAUUACUCUUGGCAAAUUUUCUUCAAUUUUCAAGUUAUGAGGGUCUCUUUGAUAGACUCGUAAUUUCAAAAUCCUCCUUUAAUAAAGUCAGGAGACUGGUUUAGAGUCUAGACCAUGCCAGCACCUCCUUCCUUUUUUAGAAAGCAGUUUUGAGUUAGGUUGUCUGGAUGUCUGGGAUUGUUGUUUUGUUGAAAUGUCCAUAUUCCCCCCAGAUACAGUGUUUUGGCAGAUGAUCUUCAAUUCUUCUCUAAUAUGUACUAGUACAUCACACUGUUCAUGUUCCCUUCAAUGACAUGUCAUGCCCCAUUACUGUUUGCAGAGAAGCAGCUACAUAUUUAAAAUACUUUAUUGUUCAUAUUUAUAAGUAUGAAGCCAAAAGACAUACUUAAACACAACGACAUUGUGUGUGUGUGUGUGUGUUUAGAUUUUUAGUGGAUAUAUGCACUGAAAGUAUACUAAAUAACAAAAACAAAUGUGUCUGAAUAAAUAUUUCUGCUUAGAGUAUA